CCAAGUGUCUUGGUAGAGAUAGCGGGUGUGAGCUGUGAGGCUGGAGGUGUGUCCAGUGUGCUGCUGGGAGCCAACGAGCGAGCAAGAUGGAAGGUAAAGUGUAUCUCACCGAGGAGCCGGCCUACAACCGCCUCCAAGAAUAUUUCAAUACAAAUGGAAGCAAGCUUAAUAUUCUUAAGAUGUUCAGUGAUCCAGACAGGUUCAACAAAUACAGUAUUACUUUGACAACCCCUGAUGAUGGAAGCAUUUUGUUUGACUACAGUAAAAAUCGCAUCAAUGAUGAAGUUUUGAAACUUUUGAUGGACUUGGCACGAGCUCGCAGAAUUGAAGAAUCUAGAGAUGCCAUGUUCACAGGAGAGAAGAUCAAUUUUACUGAAGACAGAGCAGUGUUGCACAUUGCUCUCCGUAACCGGUCUAAUAGUCCAAUAAUGGUCAAUGGAGAAGAUGUCAUGCCUGGUGUCAAUUCAGUUUUGGAUCACAUGAAAGACUUCUGUGGAAAGAUCAUAUCUGGUGAAUGGAAGGGUUAUACAGGCAAAUCCAUAACAGACGUGGUAAAUAUUGGCAUUGGAGGCUCAGAUCUUGGCCCGUUGAUGGUAACGGAAGCACUCAAGCCAUAUGCUAUUGGACCCAAUGUACACUUUGUUUCGAACAUUGAUGGUACACACAUGGCAAAGACUCUGAAAAUACUGAAUGCUGAAACAACAUUAUUCAUUAUUGCUUCCAAGACAUUCACAACACAAGAAACCAUUACUAAUGCAACCUCUGCCAAGAACUGGUUUUUGUCUACUGCUAAAGAUGCUUCAGCUGUCGCUAAGCACUUUGUUGCCCUUUCAACCAACGGUCCUAAGGUGAAGGAAUUUGGAAUCGAUGAGGCUAACAUGUUUGGCUUUUGGGACUGGGUUGGUGGACGUUACUCCUUGUGGUCUGCCAUUGGUAUGUCCAUAGCUCUACACAUUGGCUAUGACAAUUUUGAAAAGCUGCUUUCAGGAGCUCAUUUUAUGGACAGUCACUUCAAGACUGCUCCCCUAGAAAAAAAUAUUCCUGUAAUCCUUGCAAUGCUUGGGGUUUGGUAUCAUAACUUUUAUGGAGCAGAGACACAUGCUCUUUUGCCAUAUGAUCAGUACCUCCAUCGAUUUGCUGCUUAUUUUCAACAAGGUGACAUGGAGUCUAAUGGAAAGUAUGUUACACGUAGUGGUCGGACAGUGGAUUAUAAGACUGGUCCAAUUGUUUGGGGCGAGCCAGGUACCAAUGGCCAACAUGCAUUUUACCAGCUGAUCCAUCAGGGUACUCGUCUUAUCCCUGCUGACUUCAUUGCUCCAGCGAAGUCUCACAAUCCUAUUGCAGAUAAUAUUCAUCACAAGCUAUUGCUGGCCAAUUUCCUUGCACAAACAGAAGCACUGAUGAAAGGAAAGACCACGGAUGAAGCAAAAGGUGAACUAGAGAAGGCAAACAUGCCAUCUGAUAAAUUGCAGCGAAUCUUGCCUCAUAAAGUAUUUGAAGGCAAUCGCCCAACAAACUCCAUCCUCAUAGAAAAACUGACUCCUUUUACCUUGGGGGCAUUAAUUGCUAUGUAUGAAAUGAAAAUUUUCACCCAAGGUGUUGUUUGGGACAUAAAUUCAUUUGAUCAGUGGGGAGUUGAAUUAGGCAAGCAAUUGGCUAAAGCCAUCGAGCCAGAACUGCAGGACAAGACUCCUGUGUCAUCACACGAUUCAUCCACCAAUGGUCUAAUCAACUUUAUCAAAAAGCACCUGUAACUGCUUUGUAGUACAUUUAUGGCCUUUCAGAUGAAGAAGAGAUAUAUUUUAUUUUUUCUUUGUUUCUAAAAUUUACUUCAAAUGGUUUACUUAGACUAUCAUUAUAAAAUAUUAAGUACGUUAUUAGGUAUUAAGAGGAGGCUUCGUUGAAGACCAGGCUGCGGGGAUACUAAGCCCCGAAAUCUUCGCAAGGUAACGGUAUUUUAUAGUAACUGGUUUACUGUUGACACUGGUUAAGAUAAAAAAAAAAAAGAAGCCAUAAAACUUAGCAGUUCCUUGCUGUAGUUUGCUUGUAAAUGUAAAUGCAUAAUUUAUUAGUAACAGAGAUAAACUGUUCAUGUCUAGCAAAAUUACUGGUAUUACAGUAUUGGGUUAGUGUUGUAGUCAUGCUGCCAUUGUAAGCUUUGGUGUGUGUGCAUGUUGUGAUAAGGUGGCACUGGUAAAUUUUCUAGAACAAAAAAUGUACUGUAUUAUUGCUGGUUAGCACUGCACCAGGUUUGUACACGUGUACACAUCCAGUAAAUGUUUUACCAAGUGUAUUGAUUUUAAUUUGUAUAGAUUACUAGUGCUACAGCUUUAAUAUGGAGGUACAUAUGGGAGAAUUGUUUUUUUUUUAUAUAUAUAGGGUCUCAAGUAAUUUAGCAUUUACAUUAUUUGAAUUUAUUUAAAAUUAAUAAAAUUUUAAUUUUA